GCUUAGUGAGUGAUUAGUGGGUGUCUAAGAGUGCUCAUAGAGCGCUCAUGUGUUGCCCUCACAAAAGCGGCGGCGAGGGAUCGGCAGUCGUUGCCGAAUCCCGUGAAACUCCCCUCACCGAACAGAACCCCGGAUGUUCAUCAUUGUUGAUGAUCAUAAGGGGGGAGGGAAAGGAGGGGAAGGGGCCUGACCGUGACUGAAUGAUGGCAUUCCUCCUACUCAGUGUUUAUUUAGUUUCGAGCCUAACUAUUAAUCGGUCUGCUUCCCUCCCCUCCUCUCUGGUUUCAGGCCGGAUCCGCGAAAGCCAGUUGAUUUCUGCCCAGGUGAUCGUGGGCGCACAGGAUGAACGGCCCCUCCCAUCCCACCGGCAGCAGACCUAUCUCUCUGUCUUCUCUCCUCCUUCCCUGCCUGGCCAUGCAGCUCGUCUGCGACCGUUCAGGCGCACUGACAGCUUCCAGCCGGCUUUUCCGCCAGAAUUGCUUGAGGGAUCGCGGUCCUCAGAUAUUUGUUUUUCCAUUUCUCUGCCAAUGACUCGCGAUCAUCUGCCCCAAAUUCUGGUUUUCUCUCUCUUUCUCCUGUCCAGUGACGUUGUUGAUGGGUUGGCCCAUCCUGAGUUGUCCUUCUUUAGCUCCGAGGCUCUAAAAUUUAGUGAGGGUUAGAAUUCUUGACUAUCUACCCCUCCUAUCUCCUUGCGUGAGGGAAAAGGAAUCCAAGCCAUUUUGUGCUUAUCAAAGCCUGGCCAUGGCACUGGAGGGGGAAUGGGAAUUUCAAUAAGAGAUAGCAGGGAUGUCAAAUAUGAUAUUGUUUGGGGGGGGAAGG